AGUAGGCCGGUUUCCAUUCUCCCACUCUGAUUUCGAUCCAAGCAGUCUACUUGGUAGGUGCACACAACAAUACUUGUCACUGCUGUUUGAAAUUGCAAGAGAGAAGCAAGAAGAAAUUUCACUCAGCACCAAGAUGGACCGAACGAGCGUUACAUCCCGAAUUCCGACCGGCUUGAGGGUUCCGAGAGGCUAUCGGGCCACCCAAGCAAUUGGAGGUAAAGCGGAAUCGGGAGGGAAAGUUCGUUUUCCAAGCAAGACUAUUCCAACCGCGAACGAGAUAGAUCCUGAAGAGAGCUUGAUUGAGGACGAAAAUUUUCCGCCGUUGUUCUAUGAAGACAUAGAGGAUACUGGAGACGACCCGUACGACUGGGAGCCGAUAAACAUUUCCGAGAUCGACGAGGUAUAUUUUCGGAAGCUGAAGGCUGAAUGGGAGCUUCAAAAAAUGAGAGUGGAAAACUCCAGAUUGCGGCAGGAGAAUCAACGGCUAAAAACAGCAGCAAAAGGGGUAAGACUAUUUAAGUAUUGUUGUUUGAAAAUGCUGCUGGUUGUUGCAGGAGAAGUGGCGCAGUCGCUCUUUGUUUAAAUUUUCUAUCAUAAA